AUGAUGACCAACCCGUCUCACAUCCUAAUCGCCAGAAGUUCUCGAGGCACCCACAACCCCUCUGCCUCCCUCAGCUCCCCCACAGAGACGCACGCAGCUGCAGCAGGCAUAUUCAGGUCCACAGGCUCUCCGCCAUGGUUUCUCGAAGGAUGCGAUACGGACGACCUCAUUUCCGAACUUAGCAUUGACGAUUCCGAGGAUCCCAUAGACGUUGAUAAGACGUUUACCAAGCGCCAUGAAUUUCCAGGGACGGUCAAGAUCGUCGUAGAGAGCACGACGUUCUGGGCACACAAAGAAGUGCUUUACUUUGCGUCCCCAUUCUUCCAGGCCGCACUGAGCGGAGACUGGGCAGAAACUGGACGCCCGGCAUCCAUGUCUUCCGUCAUUACCAUCUCUCAGCCUCCCAUCGUUCUGGGCGACAAGCGACGCUCUGAUGCACCCACAGAGAUGACCUUUGCGCCCAUGGACCCCGACAUCGAUCCGGAGGAAUUGGACAUUGACCUUGGCGAAUCGAGCGAUGCGGAGGCGAGCGAUUCGUCCCAGGCGAUACUUAUAACUCAAGACGACGAGCGCCCUAACGUUGAGAUGAGUGCCGAACCGAAGAAGAACCCUGGAACGAUGAAAGAGCGUGGUAACAGAGCGAGCGCAACGAAAGUUGUGGGUGCUACGGAGGCCGCCGUUCGACGCCGUCAGAAGGUGAACGGCCCCGACGCUGUAAUCGUUCUCAAAGAAGAGAAGGCGAGCACCUUCCAUGACUUCCUCCAUUUCGUGUAUCCUGGCAUGGAAUGCACUAUCACAUGGAACAACGUUGAGGGUCUCAUGAACAUUGCACACAAACUCUGCGUCCCGUCCCUUCAGCGGAAGUGUCUCAACUUCUUGCUCACGCACGCUGCGGGGCGACCUAUCAAGGCCAUGCGCAUCGCAGAGCUCUUUGAAGAGGAAGAACUGUACCGCGAGAGCUCCCGCUUUGUACUCGACAACCCAGGCGGAUGGUCAGAACACGAGUUGAGCACGCUUAGCAGCGAAACGCUCCUCAGACUUGAGCGCCGUCGUACCUGGUUCCUUGAGCGAGUAUUGAAGCUCGGCCUGAUCCAGAUCGCCAAAGAAUACGAAUGCUGCUCUUCUUGCUCGGACCCCGCGUCCUGCGCGCGCCUCCUCGAAGAGAAAUGGCGUCAGGCCUACCAAGCUGUCUUCCGCUUUGGACCAUGUCAACCCUCUAUGGUUUUCCGGUACUUGCGCACCCUUGAAGGCAUCAGUCCACCCCUCGCACUCUCCCACUUAGCAUGCCAGUCAACAGCCAAGGCAUUCAUAGCAACACUCUUUGACCGGAUGUUCACUCUUGGCGUCGCCGCAGUCGCGGGUGUUGCGGGCCCACGCCGCCAUUUCUUGUACUGCUCGCUUAGACCAGAGAACCCUGCGCCGCGGCCUCCGCGCAAUCGUGAUGCAACGUAAAGGCAAAUUUUCUUUGGGCGUAUUCCCCUCAUCAUAAUCUUAGUCUGCAUCUGUGUCUUUGAUUGCCUCGUAUCUGUGCUUGUACGAUACACUCGUUUAUCUCUUUUUGACCACAUGGGACAGUGUUUGCUGGAACUCUAUGGACUUAUAACCUUGUUACUUCUUACGUUGCUUGUCUUCUCCGCACGUUUCUUUUGCAUAGUUUGUGAAUGAUGAAACAAAUGGUGAUUCCUGUUCGGU